CACGUGACGCGUCCGUGAGCGGCGGCGGCGGCGGCUCGCGGCGUCCCGGUCCCUCCCAGCGCGGCCUCCCCCGCCCGGCCCGGCACCGGCGGCUCCGUGAGGGGAACCUGAUUGACAAGGCUGUCGUGUUAUGACGACCCCCAACAAAGGAAACAAGGCCUUGAAGGUGAAGCGGGAGCCAGGUGAGAAUGGGACCAGCUUGACAGAUGAGGAGCUGGUGACCAUGUCUGUGCGGGAGCUGAACCAGCAUCUACGAGGCCUGUCAAAGGAGGAGAUCAUCCAGCUGAAGCAGCGCCGGCGCACACUGAAGAACCGGGGCUACGCGGCCAGCUGCAGAGUCAAGCGCGUUACCCAGAAGGAGGAACUGGAGAAGCAGAAGGCAGAGCUGCAGCAAGAAGUGGAGAAGCUGGCCUCUGAGAACGCCAGCAUGAAAAUGGAACUCGAUGCUCUCCGCUCCAAAUACGAGGCUCUUCAGAACUUCGCCAGAACCGUGGCCCGGAGCCCCGUGACCCCUGCACGGGGGCCCCUCACCUCCAGUAUGGGGCCCCUGGUCCCUGGCAAGGUUGCUACUACUAGUGUCAUCACAAUAGUGAAAUCCAAAACGGACGCCCGGUCUUAGUGAAGCGAGUGUUGCCUGAGCUUGUCUGUGCAGGGCAAUUAGGCACAAAACCAGCCUGGAAUCCCCAAAGCACAAACCCUCCCCACAUGGGUCUGGGUUCCUUCUACUUGGCCCAGGACUGGCCUGCUGAUCACUCCAGUUUUGUUUUGUUGUGUCCAGAUUGGUAUGAGCAGUGGUGAUGCGUCCCUUGUCCUGUGCAGACAGAGCCUCCUACCCAUCAGUCUGUAGCCCUCGGGUGCCCUUGGGACAGACUGCAAGAUCUUGGUUUUCUAGCCAAAGAAAGUCUGUGCAGUGUGGCAGGGUGUCAGAAGGGCUUGGGGAAGGUCUGGAGGGAGGCUUUCUUCCUUGGGGGCCGGGAACCCUAGUCUUCGGUCACUCCCAAAGGCUUUAUUUCAUUGCUCUUCCAGGUGGUGCAUCUCGGUGCCUGACUGCCAGGCACCUGAACCUGCUGCUUUUGUCUCCUUUGGUACCUGUAGUUGCAGUUGGGGUGUUCUGUGUCAUAGGUUUUUAUUCCUUUCUAGGUGUGCCUCUGUGCCCUAACAGUGGGUUUCCCCUCAGACGUCCGUUGCGUUAGCUGUGUAAACUAGCAGUGGUGGAAGGGAAGAUGCUGUCGUGUCCAGCUGCUUCUGCCCCAGCGCCAGGGGAGGAGCUGUGACAGGGCCCUCAAUGGGGGCCCAGCACCCUGGGGGAGGGAGGGAGGGAAGGUACCGUGUUGACUACAGGCCGGUUUUGUGCCUAAUGUGUUGCAUGGAACAACACCAAAAUCACUAGUUGUUCCCGUGCUUUGAGGGUAUCAAGUGUCUCUAGUGUGAUGGUUUACACGACCAGUUUAUGUGGUUAAAUAGCCCUUUAUUUAAAGAGAGAAACAUCCUUUUAAGAGUUAUUAAAUUAUCUAAGUUUAAAAUUAAAAUCAGACAGAAGAGAGAGAGAGAGCGUAUUUAUAGUCAGCUUUUUUUUCUU